CCCAACGUAGUCGUGGGCGAUACUCCGAAUGUGGGUCUCUAGUGGUGGACGAUGGUGGUGAGCCGUGAGUGACCUAAUGGUGGACGCCGGCUGGUGUCUUGGUGGUGGUGACUCUGUGAGCGCCUGCCGAUGAUCGGGAGAGGGGAGAGGUUGAGAGGCAGUCCGCAGGUCUCGGAGAAGGAUUCAGAGGCAACACAGCAACAGAGAUGUGGCAAAUGAAAAUUUUGUUUUUUUUGUUUUUUUUUAAUAAGAAGAACCGAGUCGAGGCGGCUUCCCUUCAGCUCAAGGCUGACGUGAGACACAAGGUGGAGGCGGCCUUCCUGAUUCCUCAAUCAGAAGCACUCGCGGAGUUGCGAGCCAACAAAUGCUCUAUGAGCCCCUUUUCAGGGUCUGCACCACCAAUAGAACUCUUCGUCAACUUCACGCCUACCUUCUCGUCCUCGGUUAUCUAAGAGGGACACCCUUUCCGAGCAGUACACCUGAGUUUUAUCGUCACUCUCCAGACCAACUUCAUACCACCUCUGUCUUAAGUGAAUCCCAAGCUCUAGCCAAUGCUUCCCUUUAUUCUCGUUCGAGUUGCCGAACUGGGCAAGUCAACAAGCUUGCAACCAUGCUUAUCAAUUCAUAUGCGAAGACCGGUGACAUUGCUUUUGCCAGAUUGGUCUUCGACACCAUUUGUCGUCCACACGCAUUUCUUAAUGAUGUAAUGAUGAAGGGUUUUGUGUGGAAUGGGGGGUGCUUUGAAGAUGCCAUUUUGCUCAGUGAUAGAAUGCUGGUUUCUCAGUUCGAACAUGGGAGCUUUACGUUCCCCUCCGUUCUCAAAGCUUGUGGUGGUUUGCACGAUGUCGAUAAGGGUAGAAAGGUGCAUGGGAGGAUGAUUAAGGGUGGAUUCGAAGCAGAUUGUGCAAUACAAACUGCUCUCAUUCGUGUGUAUGCCCUGUGUGGCUUUGAAAAUGGUGCUUACCAAGUGUUUGUCAGAAUGUUCCAGACGUAUGCAAUUUCUUGGGGUGCAAUGGUAUUGGGCUAUGAUAAUAAUGGUAGAUAUACUGAAUGUUUGGAAGUCUUUGUUCAGAUGAAUGGGGCAGCUGUCGAAGUUGACUCUGUGACAAUGGUUGGUAUAGCCCAAGCCUGUGCUGGCUUGGGUUGUUUGAAGCAUUGAAGGUCUUUUCAUGGAUAUAUAGUUUGAAGAGAAAUUGUGAUCACCGGGCCUUUUUGAGAAUUCUCUUCUUGAUAUGCAAGGAAAAUGCAGUGAUUAGAUUGCACUCAUAAGGUGUUCGAUAAGAUGUCAAAGAAAGACGUUUAUGCGUGGAUGAUGAUGAUCUCGUGCUACAAUCAUUGCUUAUUUGUGAUGCUCUCGAGCUUUUCGUCCAGAUGCAACAAAAGCUUUUACCAAGUCCACAUUCUGUUAGGGUCGAUCCUGCAGCUGAUAAGAGAUGUUGUUGGCCGAUCCUACUUCCAAGAUUUAAGGAGGUAGGCUUGCAGUAAAUGAAUAAAUAUUAAGUACAAACUUGAAA